UGUAUCAACGUGAUCCACAUCCUUGAAGUUGUAUAUUCAAUGCAUUUUUUGUUCGUGAUUGUAAAUCUAGUUGGUGUUAAAACAAUCUGCUAAAGAUAAUGAUUAAGAUUGCAUUCCAGUUAAAAGUCCGAUACGUAGUUUAUUCUAGCCUAUCCCAGUAAAUUUCUCAGUAUGAGUAACCAACAUUUCAUUUCAACCGAAUCCCUAAUGCUGGCCAAUCAUUUCUUAGGGAAAAUGUGACUGCUAGGAAUUCCCCACGCAUCGGUUUUCGGUAAGAAAAAAUGAACAGUGUAACCUUAUGUCAGCCACGCGAACGUAGUGAAAGUAGAGUUGGCAUAUUUACUGUACUGAUAAUGUCGGGCUUCAUCUCACAAAUGGGAUUAUUUUUUGGGGAUAAUAACAAGAUGCUGAUAAGUGCCUACUGAAGAUAUUAUGCUACUGGACGAUUUUGAUGAAGACAUUGUCAUUUUAAAUGUCUGACACUAUAAAAUAAGGAUUUAAGGCAGGUGUAGAUGCUCCAGACGCAGCAGGCCCCAGGAAGAGGCUGCCUCCAUCCAGGCUCAGCGCGGCUCUUCUCUCAAACAAGUGUGAAGAGGCCACUGGAGAAUCUCAAGAAGGGAAGCCAUUUUGUUGUGACCCACAGUGACUCUUCAGCAGUGACAUUGACAUUUGAACCUUGGGUUCAGUCUGGUGGAUUUUCUGGACAGUCCCUGGAGGGGUAGGAAAACACCCUACCCAUCUGUGUCCUACCCUCGGAUCUUCAUCACCAUGGCAACAGCAGUGCAGCCCAAUGAGCUAGUGUUUGAAUUUGCCAGCAAUGGAAUGGAUGAGAUCAAUCAGCUGGAUGACCCGUCCGUGUUUCCAGCUGUCAUCGUAGAGCAGGUGCCCGCCACUGACCUGAUGCAGGUCUACUCGGGCAUGGAAUCGGACGAGGUGGCCAACGGCAUCAUGGUGGACACCACUCUACACGUGGUGGAGGAGCCCAUUAUGGUCGGAGACGUGGGCCUCUCAGAAACGACGGUGUCGGGCACAGAGGACAGCAUGGAGACCAACGAGGCUGCGGCAGCCCUUCUCAACAUGGAGUCACCAAACAACAUCCUGGACGAGAAGCGCAUGAUUCACACCUAUGGGACCAUGUUGGAGUCUGACUACACCUACAUCCCUCUUCGGCCGGAGGCCAAUGGCUGCAUUGAUGUAUCGCUGGACGAGGAAACAUCCUCCAUGGACGAGAUCCCUCAGAAGAGCAUGUCCAAACCACAGAGGAAAACUAAAGUGCGCAAGCCGCGGGCGGUGCGUCCAUACUCCCCCAUCACCACUCCCAGCCUGCCACUCAAGAAGAAGAGCAAGGAGGGCAAAGGGAACACCAUCUACCUAUGGGAGUUCCUCCUGGCCCUGUUGCAGGACAAGAACACCUGUCCCAAGUACAUUAAGUGGACGCAGAGGGAGAAGGGCAUCUUUAAGCUGGUGGACUCAAAGGCCGUGUCCAAACUGUGGGGCAAGCACAAGAACAAACCUGACAUGAACUAUGAAACCAUGGGCAGGGCACUCAGGUAUUACUACCAGCGCGGUAUCCUGGCUAAGGUGGAGGGCCAGCGGCUGGUCUACCAGUUUAAAGAGAUGCCUCCUGACCUAGUGGUGAUCGAUGAUGAGGACACGUGCCCCGAACUCAGCGCUGGCUACGGGGGUCAGCGCCCCAGCCAUCACGGCCGGGGAAUGGGGGGCCGUGGAGGCCCCAGAGGCGGUCACGGAAAAAACCAUGCUGACGGGCGCCAUCCUAUAUCGGUAAAACAAGUGAAGAGAGAACCCAUUGAUAUGGAUGGAAGGCUGUACCAUGAGGUCAACGGGACACAUGCAGAACAGAUGAUCCAGACGGUCCACGUGCUGCAGCCCAACCAGGGGGCGGCUGUGCCGGCCUCCUCGUACAACACGAGGAACAUCAACAUGGCUACCUCCGUUCCCAUGGUCCUGACAUCGUCCGGCCAGUUGCAGCCCCUCCUGUCCAACGGUGACUCCUCCAGCAACUCUUCCCCGCCCAGGAUCAUCCUCCACACUGUCCCCUCCACCACUGCGGGGGGCAAGGAUGUCCUCACCAUCCAGACGGCCUCCUUGGCCACCGGGACGGGCAGCCUCCAGGACCACCACCAUCAACACCAGCAACCCCAGUUUCUGGUCACCAGUCUGGGUUCCACCACUGCCACCACGGGGGUCAUCAACUCCACCACAGCUUCCCUCAAUGGUCUCCCCCGCCUAGUUACCCUCAACACGGCCACUGGUCAGCCCAUGGUGGCCCAGCAACCAGGAACAGUCAUCGCCACCGUGCUCAAGUCCUCGAGCGGUGACGAGCUCCUCCAUGGCCUGCACGGCAUCAAGGAGGAGAUGUUGGACCCUUACUACCUGCAGUCGUGGGUUAAUGGAGACCCGUGCUUUGGGAUGGAGGCAGGGGAAGCAGAGCUCACCUACAGGACUGUGAUCAUUGGGACGAAUCAAAGUCUUGGGCAGAGCCAGGGGGAGACUGGCAGCGAGUCUCCAGUGAACGGACACCUUGCCCAGGGAAGCAGCCCCAGCGAGGGCCUUACCCCUGUGGAGGAGCUGGAGGUGCGUGGGGAGAUGGCUCUGCAGCCAGAGCACAUGCUGGGGGUCAAGGGGCUCCAGGAGCUGCCGGAGAUCACCGUCCACCUCCCUUCCUCCUUCAUCCAGAUCAAGACAGAACCCACGGAGGCCUAGUAGGCCUGGACUCUCCCACCAAAGCUGGACUAUUGGAAUCAACAUAAAAAAGACUUCUUAACUAAGUUUCCUUUUCCUUAUCCCAAUGAUAAUCUGAUUUUGAAAAGCGAUGGAUUUUUGAAAUAUGGAGCGACAAACAGGCCAAAUGUUGGCCCCUGUAGGAUAUUUUUGUAUACUCACAGCUGUUCUGGUGACAAGCCUACAUUUGAACAUCAAGGGAUUGUUUUGUGAUGUGUUGUUGAAGGCUCCAUUGAUCUGAUAGAGUUCCACAGUAAGAGGUGUCAUAUACCCAUAAAACCUAGCUGUCAAACCAUUUUUCCACCAUCCAUUUUUCCCAUAGUGAAUUUUAGAAACACUUAAAAUGAGGGCUGUUUCGUAUAUGCGUACUGUGGCGUUACAUUUGAUAACCAUGUAAAUAUCUCUUGGACAAGGUGACUUUUAUCAAUAUAGUCGGUUCUAUUUACUCUCAGACUUGAAAAUGCUCAUUUGCAUCAAAGUAGACAUCAUGCAAGACUACAAAUCCUUGCAAGCUCCUACAUGUCAUCUCUAGCUGACACUUUGCUUACAGGUAUUGUGUCAAUUUAAAACUUGCACAAGACAGUUCACAGAAUUAUCAAUUUAAAUACAUUUUGCCAAUUUAUUCAUUACUAAAUUUAGCUAACGUUAGAUACUUAAUCCAGAGAUUGUUACCUUUGCCUCGAUUCGGCAGUCUCGUCCAGAUCAUCAUGGAAUUUGUAGUUCUUUAUGACAGCCACAUUAGCAGCUAAUUAGCAUGACCUUUUUAGGGGGCAAAUACAGGCAUAUAUAUUGAUAAAAGUCACAAUGUCAUAGAGAGAUUUACACAGUUAGCAAAACGUCACGCCAGGGUAAGCCUAGAUAAAACACAGCCCUUAUUUUAAGUAUUUAAAAUUCCCUUAUGGGAAAAAUGUAUGGUGGAAAAACAAUUGGAACCAUUUCCUUGUUUUACCGCUAGCUUUUAUGGGUAUUAUGACUCAUACUGUGGUACUCUAUUGAGGUCCUAUCGAACUAUCUACCUACCUUGCUACUGUCAGUAGUCCCGCCCCCUUCCUAAACCCCGCCCCACCAGGAGAAUAGCCAUGGGAUAACCAGGAAUCUCCCCUACCACACGUGCCAGUUAGACUACUCCAUUCUCUACCUACUAGUACAUCUCAUCAGACUUGUGUCAAUU